GAAAAUCCUUUGGAUCUACUUACUCUCUCACCCCCCGACAAAAAAUACUGGUGCUUUUAGAGAGCCAUUUUUAGCCAUGAGAAUAAGAAAGCAUGCCAAGAUUUCUCCUCUCAUAUAUGCUGCUGAAUCAGGAAAAGUUUUACUGAGCCGUGUUUGCCAACUUAAUCAGUCACCAUGGGAUGUUAUCACUUUCCCCAUUGAAGAAAACGAUGACCCACAAAUACCAUUUCUUUCACAGCCGCCAUGUUCUUCUAAUUAUUAUCAGGUCGAUGGAUUUGCUGAUAAUAAUGGGACCUUUGAUGAUUCUAAUGGAAUUGUCGAGAGUGCCACGGCAAUGAAAGUGGAUGAAAUGAAAGAGAUGAUCAAUUGUUCGAAAUGGGAUAACUACUUCGAGAGUAGUGUUGCUGUGGAUAUUUCUGUUAAUGUAAAGAAAAUUAAGCAAGACAAGGACGAGGAUGCAAAGAUGGAGGAGCUAGGGUUAUCAAUGGACGAGAAUAAUAAUGCCGAUAAUAAUACGGCUAUAUUGUGCAAUUCCACCAAUAAGAAACAAGAGAAGCAACAUGAGGCUGUAGUGGCGGUUGUGGAAACGGAAAGUCCACGUCGCCGCCCUCGUGCUAAGAAAUCAUCAUCAUCUUCUUCUUCUUCCAAUCCUUACGAAUACUACUAUUAUUCGGGUUUUGGUCCGUCAUGGGGCAAGAAAAGAGGUGCAAGGAGGAAUAAUUAUGCAAUGCCGGAUCGCCAAGAUGCUGGGCAAUAUUCAUCUUCCCAAAUGGAUAAUGAAGAACUUGACUAUGUUGAAGACGAGGAUGAUGAAGAAGAAGAAAAUGGGAAAAAGAGACCUCAGAAGCCAAUUAAAGCUAGGACACUCAAAUCUCUAAUGUGAAAUAUUCUACAACAUGAUGGUAUGUUAGUGUAACAUUAGUGUUAAGUAUCCUAAGAAAAUGUUGUUAGCUUUUUUGGGCAUGGUUAUUUUUAGGGUAUGGUAGAUUAUUUCGGUUUCAUGGUUAGAGUGUUUUACUUUAGGUGAUAAUAGCUUUUCGUGACAUGAGUGAGAAUUUUUGGUGUAAUUCGUGUAGAGCUUUCUAUUGUGCGGGUCAAAUCUAAUUAAGGAUAGAAUUGUAAUUUGAAGCUAUAAGGAUAAAACUGUCAUUUUGAACGAU